AUGAGCCACACAGCAGCGCUGUUGGUACCUGUGGGUGUGCCUCGGCCUAGGCCGCGCGUCCAUGGGUACAAAGCUCCGUGGCAUCAGUCUAUAUCCAUUGAUCCAUGUUCCAGUGAUAAUGUUCCAGAGGCGCAGGAAUCUGACAAGGAAGCUUGGGUUGAAGAUGAUGAGGCGUCAGCAUCGACGGAGGUGUAUUCAGCCACUUGGUACCACGCCUACCCACCUACAGCUCAUGCCUCUGAAGCAUCCGGAUCUCUUCGUUUUGCUGUGGGUGAGACGGAUGGUAGUAUUUCGAUCUUUGCGCGCCCUGUGCAUCGAUAUACACCAACUACCGAAGAGGAACGUCCGUCCUCAUCCUUAUCAGAUGCGAAGCUUCCUAGCCCAACGCAAACGGAACCAACCACCGGCCCCAUGACGCGCCGAAAGCACCGUCGGAAUCUGCAAAUGCUUGUGGCCGGUAUGAUGUCGACGGAAUCGCUGGCAUCAGCCAUCUCCAACCACAGCCAUACAGGUUCCAACGUGCCUAGUAUGGCAUCCUCCUCCCUGGCCAGUCCCAUGUACAAUAGCCAAAAUGCCACAAUCGGAGUCUCAUCUGAGAAUGCAGCACCGGCUGUGCUAAAGGAAUCAAGUGACCAUGCUGCCGAAGAUUUGCUCGAGGCACAGUAUCACGCUACGGAUAUGCCGCGUGUGAUUGAACAUCCUCACUUGGAGCAUCCUCACUAUGUACCCCAUACACAUACACGUAUGGAAAAGGGGACCAGCUCACCCAACGCCUCCUAUCCAAAGCUGCAAGUGCAUGCGGCUCCCGCCUCGUCUACGCCAUCCUCGCCACGUGUGGUGAGCGAUACGGUAUCGUCUACCCCCGUUUCGGCGCCUGAAUGGAACGUACCUCCUGCGCCUUUUACAUGUAUACAACGCUUAUUUUCUCCUGAUUCGACGCCUGUCACGGCACUGGUUGUGGAUGAUACACCAGCCAGUGGAUAUGCCCCGCCACUGCUGGUGGUUCAGCAAGCAUCAGGGCGCAUCAUAGCUUGGAAUCGUGUGACGCUCGACUUUAUUGGAACGAUGCUUGUACGUGAGCAGACUGAUGUGCCUGAAGAUCAACUGGGCGUAGUGCUUGAGCACCAAGAAGGUGAUGUAAGUGAGCCUAUUCAUUCCACAGUGGCGACCUUCACGUUUACCCAUCCCAGGAAUGAGACCAUAUCGUCUCGGUCUCUUGGUUCCGUGUCUUUGGAUAUUGUGCGACUCAGUGAUGAUACCCCUUUCCCAUAUUUAGUGGUGCAAUGGUCUGCCUGGCCACACAAGGCGCUAUUGCUCUGUGUCGAUAUCCCACGGCAUGCGCUGCUCCCCUCUGCCAUGCUUGAUUUGCCGUCGGCCAAACAUGAAAAAGCACCCGUUGCCUGGGGCUUGUAUGCUUCCACGCUUCAUAUGCUUUCGACGCAUACAGAUGGGACCUGCAUGGACACUACCUUUGCGAUCCAAAUGCAAACCUGGACGCAGUCGCCUACACAGGAAGAAUCUAUUCAAGCGCCUCGUCCUGAGCCACGGCAUUUUCUUACCCAUGCCUCUCGCCGCCGACGUCACCUGCUAGCGACGCCGCCUCCUAAUCUGCAUGCCCCUGCGGGUAUUGUUUCCCAAGGCCAUGUAUCGCUCGGUUCAUGUGCGUUGGACCAUGUGACGGCUACAACGCUUACCCCACAGCUAUGGGCAGUAGCGGCUGUAUCAGCGGAAACUGCAACACUCUAUCUACUCGAUCGCGAUUGCCAGGCGCCUAUGGUGACUGUUGCUCUGCCUAGCCCAGCUCGUCGUAUUUGGGAACUCUAUGAUCGGUUUGGUGUGGAGUGUGAAGCCCAUGUACUUACAAUUCGUGUUCUUCACGAUGGGGCGCAUCUCGAUGUGUUUGUGGAGAAUGAACAAGUGUUGGCUCCAUCCAGCUUGGCUGCGCCGCUGCCCAGCCGACUUUGGCCUGUGGCGGUGGAAGAGCCUGCUGAGACGUCACAGGAUCCAGAGGAGCCUGGCUGGCCCUGGGCUUUGUCGGCCACUCUACCGUUGACCCUCGGCCGGAUUGUGCUGGCGAAUGACCAGGGGGGAUUGGCGGUCACUUCUUUGGUCGAGUUACUGAAUCCACACCCAGCUUGGUCAGCACCGGCUGCAGAGGCUCAACCAACAUGGCAGGCACCCAUCUCUGCUCUACAAGUGGUGGCCAAUCCACGUACAGGCACGCGUCAUUUGCUAGGUGGUUCCGUACUUGGCGAUGUGGGUGUAUGGGAUGUGACAACGUUACGUAUGGAGGCUGCUUGGUCUUGGUUUACAUCUCCAGUGCAGGCCAUGGUUCCGUUUGCCGGUAUUCCUACGACAUCGCGUCUUUUUGGCUGCGUGCUGUGCGUCGCACGUGAUGGUACAAGUGCGUUGCUGGCGUUGGAUGACGUACGUUUGGUUCAGCUUUUCCCAGGUUGUGAUCAGCCGUUGACACAUGCCGCUGUGCAGCAGAAUCAGCUGGUGCUGAUUUAUGGUCAACGCCACGUGCGUUUAUGGGAUCUGUCGACCAAUUCGCUGAAUACCGAUGUACCAUGGGCGCAUAUUUGGAAGACCAUUCGUGAUCCUGAGACGGGCUGGCACUUGUUUGUCGUGCCUACCUUGCCACGGACCCUAGCACCGAGUGCUGAGAGCCUUACGGGCAUGCUGUCGCCUUGUGGUAGUGCACAAAUGGAUGCAGUCGGUCUGUUCUUAGCGGAUGUACGUCGCGCUGUGGAAUCCGCGACCAAAGCUCUUCGCACGGCCAUGCAUCUCUCUUCCCUUCUGCCAUGGCUAGAUAGUCAUGCUCGGGCAUGGUCACCCUCUAAUUCUUCUUCUGCAGGGCCCGCACCAACACCUAGUAAUCCGCUCCAACGCGAAUGUCCAGGAGCUGUGAAACUGGCUGGUAUGCUGCGUCCUUUACUGCCUCUAUUUGUGCCCACAGCCCUGGACCCUGUCUUUGCACUGGACAAUCUACCCGAAGUACACACUGUGCCUGGGUGCUCACACCAGCAUGGCUACUUGAGUAUGGCUACGAUGGGCGAUGCGCGUACGCGGUUUACCACGUCUCCUGAUACCUCUGCACAACAUUUACUGGUCGCCGUCAGUCUUUGUUUGCUACUUUCGUCGUGGGAGUCCAAAGCACAUUCUAUGCUUUCAGCGCUGCUUACGCCAUCGUUCAUGGCACAGUCUGUGGGAGAUGCGUACAUCCCGCCGGCCCUGUCCAUCUGGACCCAAUAUAUAUUGGAUGAAAACGAAGUGCUUCGCACGGCUGCCAAACUCCUCUUCUAUGCGUACAUCGAGAAUGUAUGCAGUGAUGAGUUGAGCGCCAUGGAGCAAAGCUGGCGACCUCAUCUGCCCACGGAAACGCAGCCAGCUACGUCUCUUACACCAAUGGCUGUACUCUUCCUAGGCUUGCUAUGUGCUGAAAAAUAUGCAUACUUCUCUCCUGCGCUCUUAAAGCAAGUGGCUACCAUGGUGGUGACAUACCUAGAGAAACCGGAGCCCCACACUCUGCAAGCCUAUUUGGCUUUGGAGCUAUGCUCCACAGGUUUCCACGUGUGGCAGCAUUACAUCGAUACAGUCUCACUGGUUCGUCAUAUUUUCCGAAUUGCAACAGAACCUGACGAUGCGACGCCGAAUAUGACCUUGAAUGGCCUCUCUCUUCGAGGCUUGGCCCGUCGUGCAACCCUGGCAUUGGCAUCCAAACACAGUGCGCUCUUCAUGAGUACAUUGGCUAUGGAUAUCUUGCAUGCACCAUCUGUGGCGCAAAGUCAAGUCACCAUGCGUUUGGUUGCCUUCAUGGUGCAUCAAAAGCCUUUGGUUCUUUAUCCCAGCUUGCCACGCCUCGUUGAGGCCGUUGUUAAGUCGCUGGAUCCGACAUUGGGUCAGCAGCGUUCAUCCCUGGCACAAGCGGCCACGGUGAUGAUCAAAGAGCUUGUGCAGACCUAUCCAUCCAUCGCCUUUCACGGCCCAUCGCAGCGUCUAGCUGUGGGUACGAGUGAUGGUCCUAUUGUGAUGUACGACUUGAAGUCGGCUACCCGUCUCUACGUUCUAGAUGGACAUACCCGUGGUGUUACGGCAUGCUCGUUUUCACCAGACGGUCGUCAUAUUCUCUCUCUCAGUCUGGAUGAAGAAGUGGUCUUGUUAUGGCGUCUUUCUACGGGCUUUAUGGGUAUGCUGCGCCGUUCACAGACGCCGGAUUCCACAGCGUACCGAGCGAUACAAGUUCAUCUUGGAGCGGCUGCUCAAUUGCCUCCAGCUGAUACCCUGACGUGUGUCGCCUUUGAGUGGCGUGAUGCUCACAGUGUACAAUUGCGCGUAGGCGAAGCGCAUGUAAAUUCUUGCUUUGGACGCGAAAUCGCGUUGGUCCCCAUGGAUCGGGCUAUUGUGCCCCAUGUGCCGCGUAUCUUGGAACUGGCGCCAGCCUUUCAGAUGCGCGACAACGUGUGGGAGCAUGUUUUGGGCCCUUGGGGGUUUGAAGUGAUCAAGUAUCCGAUGCCUGAUGUGUCCUUGGAGCAAUUCUUUGAUGAGAUGGCUCGUGUGGCACUUGACACCUUCCUUUUUGCUGCCGUGGUGAUCCCCCUAUACUAUGCCACUGCCAAGGCCCCACAAACAGUGUGUCGUCUACUUGCAUUUCUGCUGUCGUCUCUUUUGUUCUUAUGGCCAUCGUUCUUGAACACUGGUAAAUCGGCACUUAUCAACUACUUGCGACCUGCGGCAGGUUUCCGCAGCGCCUUGUUGCUCUGGGACAUUUUCCAAAUUCGUUCUGUGGAAGAAGUACAAAGCUGGUCGCUUUCUCGCUUCUACAGCCAGCUAUUUCUAAUGCCGCGUGAGAAGAAGGAAGUUGAUGAGCUGCGCAAGGACCCCUCCUCGCCGUACAACCCACGCUUGAUUUGCUUAAAGAACCUGUUGGAAUCGUUCAUCUAUGUGUUUGUGGCCUUGUUGCUCUGCCCUCUUUUCCCGCCGAAAGAGGUCAUGGGACUUUUCCCAUGGCAUAAGUACAUGAUCCACUCACUCUUUAUGGGUGUUGCUUUGUACAUGAUGCUCUCUGGUGCCGGUCUUUUUACUCUCAAUUUGAUCGGUUUGAUCGUCGGCAUCGAGCAGUUGCCCAUGUUUAUGAACCCCUUCUUUACGACAAGCAUUCGUACGUUUUGGUCGCGUUGGAAUCAAGCUAUUACGGGUGUCCUUCGCCGUGUGAUUUUUAGUGGUGUGAAUGAGAUGGUGAUGGCGGAAGUGCGCAAGAAGAAGGCUAAGCAACAUGCGCAAGAGCAAGCGAAGAAGGGUGUACCGCGCGACAAGACCAAGACGCCCGUGCGCCGGUUCAUUAAGAAUGCCUCCCUUGCCAUGCUCACCUUUUUGGUGUCUGGUUUGUUCCAUGAGUAUAUGCUGUACUUUGCGUCACCAGUCAUGUACGGCAUGCAGACAUGCUUUUUCCUAAUCAAUGGUCUCACUGCCGUGGCGGCCACCUUUGUCUCUACUUAUAUGCCGAAAACCUUGGCACGCACACCGCUUGCCGUCCGAUAUAUGCUUAUGGUGGGACUGUACUGCCUUAUUGCGCCGUUGUUUUUCAUGCCCUUCCAAGCCACUAACUUGUUUGCGAAUGUACAGCUGUUGGUAUUCCACAUCAUUCUUCCUAGGUCGAUGUGCAAGAACUAUGCUAGCUUCGUGUAUUAUGCAGGUUCACACUAG